CGCCUUCAUGGUAGUCGUUGACUAUGAUCUCUUUCAUUUUGCUCUUUUGCCAAUGCUCCGCCCUGAUUUCAAUGUCGUAACCCAUCAACAACACUCGCAGAAAAUUCGAAAAUCGAAACUUCUACUAUGAAAUGUUCGAAAUACGUGCAAAACCCACCUAAAUUUUCACAGUCAACGCUUCUCUAGCUGGUCCCUAUUCUCUAAUUCGAGUCUCUGAUUGCAAUAAACUGGAAUUACCAUCUGGGUUCUGCAGUUCGUCGCCAUUUCUCAAAUGGGUCGUAAGCCAAAUGACCAAGAAUCAUCUCGUUUGACUCUUCCGAUCUUAAUUUUUGUGAGUCUCGUCUCCUGUGCCGCCGUGUACACGUUUCUCCCUCUUUUGCUCAGACUCAAUGGCGGGGAUCCUUCGAAACUUGAAUCGUUUGCAGUGAUUAGAGAUGGCGAUGGUGGAAAUUUGGAUGAAGGGGGAGAGAAAUGUUGCAGGGGAAUUGAGAAUUUGGAGCUUUGGGGACCCGCUGUGAAGUGGGGUUCUGAAUUUAAAUUCAAUUCCUCUGAGCUGUGUUGUCAGGCUUGUAAGGCUAUGUGUAGUGGGAAUGAUGGGCCUUGCUUGUGUGAUACUUGGGUGUAUUGUGGAGAUCAAGAGAAAUGUGGUCCUAAAUACGGUGAAUGCUGGCUGAAGAAGCAGAAGGAUACACUGGUUCCUGAUCGGCAGGAAGGAGGGACGACAAGUAUUUGGACUUCUGGGAUUAUCUUUGGGAGAGGAGAGGGAAUCGUUGCGCUGGAGACGUAUUAUGGCACCCUUCAUAUCAAGCUCUUCCCUGAUUGUGCUCCUCAUUCAGUUGCUUAUAUUCUUGAGUUAUUGGGAUUACGACAUUGUGCUGGUUGUCACUUUUACCGUGCAGAGGGUAGAGGGGAAUCUUGGGAUUCAAAAGGAAACCACAUCGAAAACGCUCCUUUAGGUCCUCCUUUUGCACUUGUUCAAGGAACACUGGAAUCUCAAGGGAUUCAGUUUAAGAAGAUUCCCGUUGAAGUUUGCCCAUACAUAAAGCGUGGUUCGGUAGCAUGGGUUGGUUCUGGACCAGAAUUCUUCAUAAGUCUUGCAAACCACCAAGAAUGGAACAAAGUAUAUACUGUGUUUGGUUCAAUUCUCCCAGAAGACAUGGAAAUUGCAGAGAAAAUUGCACGACUCCCUACCAAGCCUGACGUUUGGAACAACAUCAAUGUCUCCCUGUUGCAAAAACCUGUGUCGUUACGAAUUACUAGAAUGAAGAAGAGUCAUGGAGAACUCAACGUGAAAUCAGAUUGAUACUCUUACUUUGCCAGUUCUUUUUACAAGUUUUCACUCCUUGUCUUUUUUUGCUGUUUCACUCUUAUAUUCUACUGUGAACAAUUUUUGUUAUACCUCAUAAAACUAUCAUAGUUGUAUACUCAUAAGAAAAAAAGAAAGAAAGAGAAUCAUUUCUAGAUUUGGCCGCUAAAGAGAAGAAACAAAGCUGAGUAUAGAAGCAUAGUAGAUGAAAAGAAGGUUGCAUAUUAGGAUUCCUAUCUCUUCUUCAAUGUCUUAAAAUUCAACUCAUAACAUUGAUUUUGCAGAUUUGUGUUGGAAUUUGCUGAAGAUAUCAGAGAUGAUUGCCCUGCAAGAUGUAAAUUCUGCUAGCUGAGAUGAGUAUGGUUGUAAAAGAAGAAAAUUUCAACUUUCAUGGAUAUUAGAGUUCAUUUAGAAGCCUUUUUAAGUUAAAUUUUUUUCAUAUUUGUUAUAUGAAUGUGGCCAUUAAAAAAAUGGGACAGUGGGUUUAUAUAUAAUCAGAGGACUGCAUAGAAAACAGUUCUCUGAUGAUCUUUUGUUUUUGUUUUCGAACUACAUUCAGUUGAUUCGCAACUGCAACCGAACUUGUGCAUUUGAAAUUGUUGUUCAACAGUUUAUGAUUUCAAUAGAAAGGAUAUCUUGGAGAUUACCAAUUA